AUGGUGCUGCUGCAGCAGCAGCAGCAGCAGCAGCAGCAAGAGAAGCAGCAGCAGCACCAAAAGCAGCAGCAGCAGCAGCAGAAGCAGCAGCACCAACAACAACAGCAGCAGCAGCACCACCACCACCACCACCACCGCCAGCAACAGCAACAGCAGCAGCAGCAGCAGCAGCAGCAACAGCAGCAGCAGCAGCAGCAGCAGCAGCAGCAAACAUACAAUAUGUCUCCUGAGGGUUUCAUACGUGGUGAGUAA